AAAGAGCCCAGUCUGCAAAGUGCGCAUCACGGUGAUACCAAUCUUGGGCGCCGCGCCCGCGGAGGACCCGGGGCUGCCCGCACCGCCGGGCGCCGUCGGCGGGCCCCUCCCUGUGUUUUGGGGCCGUCGGUCCGGGCCCUCUGGUCGUCGAGAGGCGCGCUUUGUCGCGCUGCCCGGUUGCUGCUCGGUUGCCGCUGGGUCGAACGGUCGCGCGCGCUUCGUCGCGCCGCCCGACGGCGCCAUGCGCGAGCCCGGCUGGGACCGCGGCUCCUACGAGGCCUACGGCGGCUUCCAGGAAACGCCGCCGGGCGCGCCGCAGUCGAGCGAGGCGUGCCGGCGGCUGGACCCGACCUACGCCGCGCGGCCGCCGCCCGUCGCGCCGCCCGGCCGGCCGCCGGGCUACGCGCCCGCGCCGCCGCCGCCCCCCAUGCCGGGCGCGGGCCUCUGGCCCGACAUGGGCCUCUGGGGCGGCGCGCUCCAGCCGCCCCCGGCGCGGCCACGCGAUCCGCAGCCGGCCUGGGCCGCGUACGUCACGGGCGUGCCCGUGGACAUGCGCGGCGAUCGACUUAGAAGGGCCUUCGAGGCGUACGGCCCGGUCGUGAGGGUCGAGCCUUUACCGAUACGGUACCCGAAGCGCGGCGCGCGGUCCGCCAUUGUGGUGUUUGGGGACGCCCAGUCGCUGGAGCGGGCCAUGCGCGCCGCACCUUUGAGGGUCGACGGCGCGCGACUCGGCGUGCGCAAGUUCGGCGACCCCGAGCCGUCGCAGCAGGCGGAGGGCUCGGCGAACGCCGUCGGACGGCAGGAGCGCCACGCUUUAGCUGCCGCUGGUUUAGUUGUUUUCGCCGGCGGCGUGCCGGCUGCUUGCGGCGACGCAGAAAUUAAAGCCGCCUUCGAGUGCUACGGCCAGGUGUCGCGGGCCUGGUCCUUCCCCGCGAACGGGUCGGGCGACGGCGUUAGAGCUAGAUGUGCUUUUGUGGUUUUCUCGGACACGUCUUCCGCGUCGCGGGCCAUAGCUUCGGCGCGCGAGGGCGGGAGAUUGCGGCUGCGCGGGCGGGCCUUAGCCGUCGAGCGGCCCGCCGGCGCGCCCGAGGACAUCGACGAGCCGCGACGCGGGACGUACGACGCGGCGCCCGCGGCGUACGCGCCGCCCCCGCACGACCCGAACGCGCCGCCGCGCCUCGCGACGGAGCCCGGGCGUUUAGGAUUGCCCCUCGCGGCGCUCUCGCUCGCCGACGUGCCCGUCGACCAGCGGCCGCUCGGCGGCUGAAAACUUAUCCCCUUCCCCCCAUCGACAACAAUUCGCUACGACAAACAAAUAUUGCUGCUGACACGGCUUGACGCCGGCGCCCGCUCGUUUCACACGGGCGCCAGGAAUACCCUUACUCUCUUAAGUUACAAGUGAGAUUG